AAAAUUAGUUGUUUAAUAUUCAAUUCUCUUCCUUUCCCUUUUGUAUUUCUGGGACCGAAUUAUUCAAAAAUAUCUACUACCAUAAUCUUCGCAAUGCAGUUAUCACACGUAUCGUCUUCACAUAAGUAAGUGAAAAUGAUUGAUAACGUUAAUAGUGUGCCGCCGGUAACCGAAAAAGGUUGCCGGAUAACGGCGUUAAUGGAGUCCGGUGGAGUAACGGAAGUAGAUCGGACUGGUGAUAACCAGCCAAAUUUCACUCGCCGGCGAAAACUGCAGGAGAAUUUUAACGUAUUCGCCGAUGAUUACAGGUAUAACAAGAAGAAAAAACCGGAGAAUAGUUCGGUAAGUGGUGGUUUUAUCAUCAAUGAUCAAGUUCAGCUAGGGACAACUAGUGAAGUGAAGAAAGUAGAGGAGAGUUCAGUCACGUGCCGGUCUCAUGGUUCGAUAUCGUUGAUCGGUCGGAGAAGGGAAAUGGAAGAUGCAGUGGCGGUUAAGCCGGGUUUUUUGAGUAAAGGAAGCAAGAAGUUUGAUUAUUUUGGAGUGUAUGAUGGACAUGGAGGGUCACGUGUAGCGCACGCGUGCCGUGACGCUCUGCACAGUUUGGUGAUACAGCAAGUCUCGAAAGAAGAAGAAGAAGAAGAUAUUAAUUGGGAGAAAGUAAUGGCGGAGAGUUUUUGUAAGAUGGACGGAAAAGUGAAUGAGGAAGGGACGGAGAUGGCGACGAUGGGAUCAACCGCGGUGGUAGCGGUGGUGGGUGAGGAGGAAGUAAUUGUUGCGAAUUGUGGAGAUUCAAGAGCUGUACUUUCACGUGGUGGAGUUGCUGUGCCUUUGUCUAUUGAUCAUAAGCCUGACAGACCUGAUGAGCUGGACAGAAUUGAAAGGUCAGGUGGGAAAGUCAUAAAUUGGAAUGGACAGAGAGUCUUGGGAGUUCUUGCUACUUCAAGAUCCAUAGGUGAUAUGUACCUCAAACCAUACGUGAUACCAGAUCCUGAAGUGAUAGUGAGCAAACGAAGUGAUGCAGAUGAAUUCAUAAUACUUGCAAGUGAUGGUCUAUGGGAUGUCAUUCCAAAUGAUGUUGCGUGUGACGUUACAAGAAGAUGCUUGAAUGGUCAAAUGAUCAGGAGGUUCGAACAACAAAGCAAAUCCCAUGCGACAGAUGACCAGUCAAGUGAAGGCAUCAAAGGAGGUCUAGCUGACUGUGCAGCUUCCUUCCUUGCAGAGUUAGCUAUUGGUCGGGGUACUAGGGAUAACAUCAGUGUAAUUGUGGUUGAAUUGAAUGGAUCUGUAAGUUCAUCCACUGACGGAGCAUAAUUAAGCUUCCCAACCAAAUGAUAUGCGAACAAUUUUAUGGCAGUUCUUUUUGAAAAUGUCCACCAGGUUAGCAGUGUGAAGGGUUCUUUCUCUUCUUUUUUUUCGAA